AGCAACUUUUGCACCAUAUGUAGCCAAGCGUGCUCAUCGUAGAUAGCGUUAAUUGAUUAGCGCUUCACGUGGGACGUGUUUAACGAUCGUCGGGCUCAUGCAGCAUGGUUGUUUUUAAAGGGCGGGUAGUUAAUUGGCCAAAUGCAGAAAGACUUAGUCACGUUGGCUGGAGUUUGGGAUAUUCUGGUUAUACAAACGUUCCUCCGUUGUCCUCCGGUUCACCCCACCCCCCGCAGUUAGAAAAAUGCAUUUAGAUAAUUUUGCUGUUCGAAUAUUUCCACGUAAUAAGCCACUUUGUUGAGCUAUCAUUUGUGGCCAGGUCGCUCCUGAAAAAUAGCUAUAUAGCUAGGUGGGUUUUGCCUGGUGAUAUAAAAAAGUUGUUUAGUUUAAUUCGUACUUUUUAAAGUGAUUUGUUUACCUUCCCUAUACUUUGCACUCCUAUCGUGUGUUUUUGUUGUUGUAACCUUCUUGACCCCCCGGCGCCUCCUUCUUGGACAUCUGUCGAAAGAGAGCUUUCAUAGCUCAUCAAUUCCUCCCACAGUAGAAAUACAGAUUCCGACUCUGAUCUGAUUCUGAUCGUAGAGGAUGGCCAUCGUUGACUCCCCCCACCCACCCACGCGCGCGCUCUGUACGGACGCGGGCGUGAGGGGGGCCGCGUGCGUGGGGUGUCGGUGGUUGUCGCGGUGAUGACGGCGGCGGCGGCGGCGCGCGCCCACGUUUGGUAUGUCGAGGGGGUGCCGUUGUGUACCCUGUCUGGGUUUGGCCGGGCCGAGCGCUGGCGCUGAUGGCAGCGUGCGCAGAACCUAACCUCACGCCGCCGCAAUGACCCUACAUGGCGCGGCCGCCGCGCAUUUUUUAGAGCCGCUCUCUCCGCACGUGUUUUUCAUUAAAAGCCAGCGGGCGUCGCUAUGUACGUCUGAGCGGCCUCCUCCUUCUUGACGUACGGCCGAUGUAGGUGCAGCGCAACGACUACUGUCUCGCAUUCAGGGGGCCGUCCCGCGCUCGCUCUCGGAUGCCACCGGCGCCGGGCUCGCGGCACCAGGGCCGGGUGUCACUGGCGGAGAGGAGACCGGAGUAGGGAGCGGAGCCGGUGGCGGCGCGCACCUCGCUCGCAGCAGCGGCGCGAUGGGGGGCCCGCUGAGCUGCCACCGCGGUGGCCCCGGGAGGGAGUACGGAGGACUCCCGUACGGCGUGGACCGCAUCAACAUCAACACGGCCACGGAGGAGCAGCUGAUGACGCUGCCGGGCGUGUCGCGCGCCAUCGCGCACAGCAUCGUCGAGUACCGGCAGCAGAUAUCCGGCUUCCGCAAGGUGGAAGACCUCGCGCUGGUCAGCGGCAUCGGCGCCGCCAAACUCCAGCACAUCCAGCCCGAGAUCUGCGUGGGGCCCCUGGGCCCCGACGCGGCCGAGCACACGGCGGCGACGGCGGCGGCGACGACAACGUCCGCCCCGGGGGCCCAAACGCGGGCCCCGCCCGACGGCGGCGCCGUCCCGAACGAGAGCAACGGCAAGCCCGAUGGUGCGCGCAGCAACGGGCCCCGGCCGGCGUCUCUCUACGCCAACGUGCCGCAGGGCCCCAACGGAGUCGCGGACGGGGCGGCGGGCGCGGCGGCGGGGGUGGCGGCGGCGGCGGCGGGGGCGGCGACCGGGUCGGGCCGGGUGGGGCGGCCUCCGUCGCCGUGCCUGCCCGGCGCGGACGGAGCGGAGGGCCGACCCUCGGUGCGGCUGGGCACGUGGGACCUCACGAGGUGCACGGCGGAGAAGGCGGAGAACCCCGGGGUCAGGGAGGUGAUCGGCAUGACGCUGCUGGAGAACGGGAUCAAACUCUUGGCUGUUCAGGAUGUCAUGGACAGAGCAUCCUUGGAAAAGAUCUGCAUGGAGAUGAAUGAGCCCAUCACGCCGCAAGUGAGCGGCUGGGAGCCCCUUCUCCGCGGUUCGUGGCGGGGCGUGCUGUCCGAGCCUCCGCAAAAACUCCCCGGACAGGAUGGGAUCGGUUGUGAGCAGGGUCGCCUGGGCUUCCUGUGGGACACGGACACGGGCAUCGAGCUGCUCGCAGCCUCCUCGCUGCACCUCCGGCACCGUGACGCGCUCGGGCACGACGCCCACAUCUCCCCUUUCCUGGGCCACUUCACGGCCGGCGGGUUUGAGUUCAUCCUGCUCAACGUGCACACGCGUCGAGCGGCCACGGCGGACGCGGCCCCCGCCGAGGACCCGUCGGUGCGGCGCGCCCUCGUGGAGCAGUGCCUCAGGGCGCUGGACGAGCACAUCAAAGAGGAGCGCGCGGUGCUGCUGAUGGGCGGCUUCUCCUGCUCCCCCGAGGACGCGGCGUUCGACGCUCUGCGCGACGCCGGCUUCCGCCACUGCCUCCCGCCCGGCGAGGCCACGGAGCUCGGCGCGGGAGGCUGCGUCGACAACAUCUGGAUCAACCCGGCGAUCCAGCGCAUCUUCACCGGCCGUGCGUGCGCCGUGCGCGAGGGCCUCUGCAGCAGCUGGAUCCCCGACGGUUGGGAGUGGGGGGGGGCGGCAUCACGACACUGCCCCGUCUGGGCCGAGUUCAUGGCCGAUGUGGACACGAGCGCAUGACCCCUGGCCGUCCGGAGUGACCCCUGGCCAUCCCGCGCGAUCUCUGGCCGUCCGGCACGACCCCUGGCCAUCCGGCGUGACCCCUGGCCGUCCGGCGUGACCCCUGGCCGUCCAGCACGACCCCUGGCCCUCCAGCACGACCCCUGCCCAUCCGGCGCUAGCCCUAGCCAUUCCACGUGACCCCCAACCCCCGCCAUCUCCCACCCCGCACUGCCCUCCACAGAGAAACGCACGCGACAACCUCAUAACCCAAGCGCCGCGCUGGAUUGUGCUCAGCUCCACGUGAGGCCGAGCUGUGUUGCCUUCCCUUCGCGACGUUGCGUCCGUCUGACUUGGGGCAGGCCAAGAAUCCACUGACCGCCGUGAGGCACGUUGGGUUUAAACCCGGGAUGACUUGGGCUCAGUUUGUCCUCGGCACGCUGAGCCUACGUCUAGGCGUGCUCCGUGCGUGUAGUUUGGCUGGGCUAGGCUCUUGUUGGCCAAUUUCUGCUGUAUUUGGCCGUAACAAGGCUCACAAGGACGUGCUUUAAGGUGCCUUAGUUUGGCUGUUUCUGUACAGGAAAAUCGUGCGACUUACAUAGGGUGGGGUGGGGAAGGCUUAACUUUCUCACAUACCUCCUACAAUACAGAUUAAGAAACACUAUGUUUAACUAGCAAUCAUAUUUAUUUUAUUUUUAUGCUUUUUAGUUCAAAAUCAUCAGCGUGCCAGGUUACGUGAGCAUACACAUUCCCCUCUUGGUGCAGACAGUUUCAAAUCAACAAUGUUGCAGUUUUGUGAUAAAGUUUUCUUAGAGAUUUCAUCCACCAUUCAAAUGUGGGUGCGUUCUCAAAUGGGGGUACAUUCUUAAAUGGGGUGCUUUAUCAAAUGGAGAGCAUUAUCAAAUGGGGGUGCGUUAUCAAAUGGGAGUGCAUUCUCAAAUGGGGUGCUCUCAAAUGGGGCGCAUUAUCAAAUCGGGGUGCAUUAUCAAAUGGGGUGCAUUUUUAAAGGGGGAGCUCUCAAAUGGGGUGCGUUCUCAAUUGGGGUGCGUUCUUAAAUGGAUAGCGUUCUCAAUUGGGGUGCGUUAUAUACUGUGUAACACGAUUUUUGUCCCUGGGUAGUAAGUGUUAUUUUCUUACUGCUUAUGCCUCAAGUAUAGACAAUGGCUAUUAUUCCCCACAAACUUUGCUUUUGUGACCAGCACUUUGUGUGAAU